UAUAAGAUUCACCAUCCAAUCUUUGCAAUGAUAGCUUGAUUAAAUUUUGCAUAACAUCGAAACCCCAGCCUCUCGUCAUGUUUGCUCCGACAAAUGUUAUGCCAGGAGAUCCACUGCUCCGCCUUGCCUUGGCAUCCCACCAAAAUCUACCCUUAUGCUUAUUCAAUUUUUGACAAAGCGUCAUUAAUAGUUUGAAACGUGAUAUUACAUGAACGGGUAGUGUUGUCGCGAUCGAUUUCAACAAAGUCUUCUUUCCAGCCAAUGAUAGGUGUCGUUUGUCACUCCCUUUUAUCGCUCUCUUUUAUCAAUUUACCUUUGGGAGUUUUUACUUAUUUUCUUAUGAAAAUCAUAGCUAUUUGAGUAAUGAGCUAUUAUUAGAACUAGAUUUUAUUUUUGUAUAUUUUUAUGCCUUUUUGGUAUAUUUAUGUUCUUUUCAAGGUCAAACACAAUCUAGGAUACUUUGGAUCAAAGUUUGAAUGGUUAUGGAGGAUCAAAGGAUCAGGUUUGAGAAGAUCAAGGGUUUUUUCACCCAUUAAACAAAUCCUAAAGUAGGAAAAGUCUUCUCGAAGUCUUAACUAGAGCCCAUUGGAGAAAACUCAAGUCCAAUCAAAGAAGGAAUCGACGGUGCCUUACAUACAAGUCCAAUUGCUUCUAGUCCACAUCAUAAAGCUCGAUCCCAAAUUGCCAGGAAACGUUGCUUGUCCCACAAACAACCCAACCUGAUAAGAAGGAGAGAGGCACCACUACCCGUCAUUGAGUCGUGCCUCGUUGUCCAAGCCCUAGUAGAUUCUAAAAAUCCUUAUUUUGUUCCCAAUUCAAGAUUUCAGAGUCCCACUCACACAAAGAAGCUUUUGGGUGACUUUAGGAGGAGAAAAACCUAGAAUAGCCAUUGUAUCUUGUAGUAUAAACAAAGAUAUAGGACUCAGUUGUAGACACACGCUACAAAAAUCCACUUCAAUCUUCAGUUUACACUAUGUUCGAGUGGAGAGCUUAGCAUCCAUAGGAGGGGGGCACAGUCAAGGAAAUGUCAUCAUUGAUGGUGGUACCCUCCUUCUCUUCUAUGUAUAGCUAGUUCGAACUGAUUAUCUAGGAAUGAUCGACAUGAUUGACUUACGACCUUUAAACAAAAUGACGUUGUUUUAGUGAAUUUAAUUAAUAGAAAAUUAGUUUAUUAUUUAUUUCAUGAAUUUAAAAAUUAAAUGUUGAUAUUAUUUAUUGUAUCCAAGUAUAAACGUUUAAGUGAUGUUAAAUGUUGUAUUUAAAUAUGAGUAUAUAUUUUUUUAAAUGUUGUAUUUAAAUAAAAUAUAAAUAUAAGUUUUUAGUAAAUUGUCCGUUAUAUAUAUAAUUAAAUUCAUUUCAUUUGUUGUUAAUAAUUUUUUUACAUUUAUACAUUUUUUUGUUAAAUUGACAAACAAACUAAUCAUAGUGAUCGAAUAUUUUCACUGGUUAAACCAGUAACAGCAUAAACCGGUUUGACAAAACUUCAAAGAAACAAACCCCAUCGUUUCGUUUCCGAAUCGCAAAUCUCUCAGCAAUCGAAUCCGCAUGCUUUUCUCUUUCAUUCCCCCAUUAUCCCUGAACUCUCUCUGCUUCUCUCUCUUGGUUUUCCUAGUCUUCUUCAUUUUCUUGUUCUUUUUUCUCAAACGAUGACCGAUCAGCCGCAGCGGCUGAGCAUCGACAAUCUCCGGCGAACGACCAAUCUAAUCAGACAAGCCACCGCCUCCUUCUCGUCAAAUCUCUUCACAUUUCUCUUCCUCUCUCUCCUACUCUUCUCCUUCCGAGCCCUCGUCGAGAAUGGCACCCACCUUCUCACCUCCUUCAUCGAUCGUGACCCUUCCCUCAAAUCUCUCCUCUCUCGCCUUGACCUCGCCGGCCACCACCUCCACCACCAGGAUCCCAACACCAUUCACAACCACAAUCCUCGCUUCCAUCGACGACCCCACCACCGCCGUCCCUUCCUCCACCUCACCCGUGUCGGAACCUUAGAUGACGACUUCUUCUCCGGGGACGACGACUCCGAUCGAUCGCUCUUCGGCCCGAAUCGCAAGAUUCCCCCAAAUGCCAGCUCCGUAAUUCUCAACAACUUCCAGCUAGGGUUCGGGUUCUCCCAAUUCGUCGUCGAUAACGGAAUCAGGGUUCCGGAAAUUGUUCGCUCCGGGGUUCAAUUCAAGGCCGACAGCCUGCGGUUUGACGAUAGUAGAGCAGAAGAGAUCGAUUACGACGACAAUGGGAACCAUCAACCGGAGGAUGAAAAUGGAUCGUCGAUGGGUUUGCAGAAAGGUCGCGACUUGGACGGGGUUGUCGAUUUCCACUUCUUUGUGAAGGGGUUCGAGCUCGGCCGCCAAGAUGCGGCGGCGCUGUUCUACCUAAUAAGUUUCUUGUCUGCAGCUUAUGGGUGGGUGAUCCUCGGGUUCACGGCAAUGUAUUCAUGGAUAUUAGGGAUUGUGUUUGUUGCCGUGGUGAAUGACCUGUUAGAGAGGUUCAGUUCAUUUGUUGGUAUCUUGUGGGAUGGGUCGAGAUUAGGGCUCAAGAGACUUACAGGCUUCAUUCUUAUGAGAUGGGCAGUUAGGGAUGCUUUGACUCAGCUUGUGGGAUUGUGGUACUUUGGAGAAAUUGAGGAUCAGUACUCUUUUUUCAAGCUUUUUGUGAGGCUAAAGCUGAUGCCUUUCUCAGUUAUGUCUCCAUGGAUUGGUGGGUACGAGAAGGAGAUAUCAGGGUUCUUGUUUACCUGGUUUCUGUUGGAUACUCUGGUGGGGUUAGUAUUUGCUGUGGAUGCUUGGGUUACAAUUGUUGAUUCCAGGAGGACUGGUAGGGAGAUAGUGAAGGAAGGUUGUUACAUGAUAUCAACAAUGUUUCACCAAGCUGUUCAGUUGAAGUGUAUGGAAGCUAUACUCUGUGGAUCUGCGACAAGAUGGGUCUUAGCCCGGGUAUUGGGGAAGUACUUGGCUGCAAUGCUACAAUCGGUUGUGGAGGUUUACUUCAUGGUGGCUUGGCUGAUAUUUUACUUUGCAGCGAGGUGCAAGGAAGCUAACUCUGAAGGAAGAAGGUUUGGGAGGAGAGAAUUGGAAGGGCUAAUUGAUGGCCUAAGAUGAUGAUCCAUGAUGGUUAUGGAAAUGAACGCUUCCAUUUGCAUAUGCCAAUUUAGCAGCUGCGACGCUAGAAUAGCAAAGCAGUGAAGACCUUUCUGUGCUUUUGCGUGUUGAUGUUUUUGUAAGACGGCACUGGGAACAUCGGUCUGAUUUUGCUCACUCUGCAGUGAGCCCUAUCUGUUGUAUCAUGUAUGUACACUCUUUUAACAAAUGAGGCCAAAAUAUACUACUGUGUAUAUUCUUUUAUGAGAUAAAUGAAUGCCUUCCAUGUGUAUAUUUCCGUUAUUGCUAAUCAUUGUUCUGAUUUCUGAAGAAAAUACGGGUUUCUGUUGUUGAUCUUUACAUAGUGGUACCACUUUACUCUUUAUUGAGAGUUUGUGUGCAUGAUAACUCUUUUAAGUUCAGUGCUUUUUUGCUGCUCUAUAUCUGACUGAACUAAGCAAGGCUCAAUAAUCAGCAGUUUCAUUUAUUCUAUCUACUUGUUCAACUUCUACAUGCAUUUGUACUGUUUGUAGCUAGUAGCUUAUGAGCAAUCAAAGCUAUGAAGAUACUUGUGAAAGUUUGUUAAGAAGGUCCUCCAGUUUUGUGCAUUUUGUGGCUGAGCCCAAACCAUACCAAUUCAGCUCAAAAUCGGUUGCUGUCGCCUCCAUUUGGUACGAAAUGCUUGCUUCAAUACAAGUUCGAAUACGGU